AUGAGGGCCCAGCAGGACUCCGAGGGUCAGCCACAGCCACAGGCUCAACCCAGGGAGCCCCCCAUGGCUCUGCCCACACAGCCCAAGUUUGACAUGUUGUACAAGAUUGAAGACACGCCGCCUUGGUACCUGUGCAUUCUUCUGGGCUUCCAGCACUAUCUGACCUGCUUCAGUGGCACCAUCGCCGUGCCCUUCCUCCUGGCCGAGGCAAUGUGCGUGGGUCAGGACCAGCACAUGGUCAGUCAACUCAUCGGCACCAUCUUCGUGUGUGUGGGCAUCACCACCCUUGUGCAGACCACGCUGGGCAUCCGGCUGCCGCUGUUCCAAGCCAGUGCCUUUGCGUUUCUGGUUCCAGCCCAAGCCAUUCUAUCCCUGGACAAAUGGAAAUGUCCCUCAGAAGAGGAGAUCUAUGGGAACUGGAGUCUGCCACUGAACACCUCUCACAUCUGGCAGCCACGCAUUCGAGAGAUCCAAGGAGCAAUCAUGGUGUCCAGCUUGGUGGAGGUGGUGAUCGGACUGCUGGGACUGCCUGGGGCCCUACUCAGCUACAUUGGGCCUCUCACGGUCACCCCUACUAUCUCCCUCAUUGGCCUCUCGGUCUUCCAAACUGCUGGUGACCGAGCUGGCUCCCACUGGGGCAUCUCAGCUUGUGCCAUUCUCCUGAUCAUCCUCUUCUCCCAGUACCUGCGCAAUGUCAGUUUCUUGCUGCCCAUCUACCGCUGGGGCAAGGGCAUCACUGUCUAUCGCAUCCAGAUCUUCAAGAUGUUCCCGAUCGUGCUGGCCAUCAUGACUGUGUGGUUGCUAUGCUACAUCCUCACCCUGACGAACGUGCUGCCUGCAGACUCCUCAGCCUAUGGCUUUCAGGCACGCACCGAUGCCCGUGGGGACAUCAUGGCCAUUGCACCCUGGAUCCGCAUCCCUUACCCUUGUCAGUGGGGCCUGCCCACGGUGACUGUGGCUGCUGUGUUGGGGAUGUUCAGUGCCACCUUGGCAGGCAUCAUUGAGUCCAUUGGAGAUUACUACGCCUGUGCCCGGCUGGCUGGCGCACCACCCCCUCCUGUGCAUGCUAUCAACAGGGGUAUCUUCACCGAAGGCAUCUGCUGCAUUAUCGCGGGGCUGCUGGGCACAGGCAACGGGUCCACUUCGUCCAGUCCCAACAUUGGCGUUCUGGGGAUUACCAAGGUGGGCAGCCGGCGCGUGGUGCAAUUUGGUGCGGGUAUCAUGCUGAUCCUGGGAGUCGUGGGCAAGUUCACGGCCCUCUUCGCCUCACUCCCUGACCCCAUUCUAGGGGGUAUGUUUUGCACCCUCUUUGGCAUGAUUACGGCCGUGGGCCUGUCCAACCUGCAGUUCGUGGACCUGAACUCCUCCCGAAACCUCUUCGUGCUCGGAUUUCCCAUAUUCUUCGGACUCACGCUGCCCAAUUACCUGGAUUCCCAUCCAGGAGCCAUCAACACAGGUGUUCCCGAAGUGGACCAGAUUCUCACCGUGCUACUGACCACUGAGAUGUUUGUGGGAGGGUGCAUCGCCUUCAUACUGGACAACACCGUGCCAGGGAGCCCAGAGGAACGAGGUCUGAUCCAGUGGAAGGCUGGGGCCCACGACAGUAGUGAGACAUCUGCCAGCCUCAAGAGCUACGACUUUCCUUUUGGGAUGGGAAUGCUGAAAAGGAUUACUUUUUUGAGAUACAUUCCUAUCUGCCCCUUCUUCAAAGGAUUUUCUUCAAAGUCUAAAGAUAAGCCUUCACUUCCAGAAGACACUCCAGAGAACACAGAAAGUAGAUCUGUGUGCACCAAAGUCUGAAAAAACUACUUCUAGAAAAGGUCCCUCUCGGCAGAAUCUAGGCCAGCAGGAGGCCCUGACCUAGUCACUGCAGCGACGGGCAGCCUCAGCCUUGCACUCCAUCCAGUACACUAAGACAAGUGCUACUUUGCUAGGACAUAGCACAAGUUGGGAAGUGCUGACACAGCAAAAAUCCUCUCUCAUAUGCUGCCUUGUUUCAAUAGUGGUCAUAACAUUAAAACCUCUGAAACAGGA